AUGAAUGCACAAAAUGUUGAUUCAAUUCAAUUCGAUAAUAUAAUGGGUGAUUCCGUUAAAAUGUUCGACGACAAAACUAUUUCACUACUAGAUGAUUUAUUCAAUAGUGAUUAUCAUGAAAACGAAUCAGGAGCAGCUAUUCUUAUUCUCAUCGAUAAUCAUAUUGUCUAUCAACGUUGUUUUGGUUUAGCUAAUCUUGAUACGUGUGAAAAAAUAACAGCAGAUACUAAUUUUCGAUUAGCUUCACUAACAAAACAAUUUACUGCUUAUGGUAUUAUUUUAUUAGAACAGCAAAAUAAAUUAUCAAGAAAUGAUACACUUCGGCAUUUUUUUUCUGAACAAUUUCAAAACAAAUGUCCUUUUGUUAGUAAUCAUGUAACUAUUCAACAUUUACUUGAUCAUUCAUCUGGAAUAUUUGAUUAUGAAACAAAUGAUUUAGAAGAUCAUGAUCAAUGGUCUGAUUAUGAUGUACUUGAAACUAUAAAUGAUAAAACAUUUUUUACACCAGGUAGUCAUUAUCGAUAUAGUAAUACUGGUUAUAUUUUGUUAGGUUUAAUUAUUGAAAUUGUUUCAAGAAAAUCAUUAGACAUUUUUUUUUAUGAAAAUAUUUUUCAACCAUUCAAUAUGAAAACAAGUUGUCUUUAUAAUUCGAAUCAAACAGUAAUCAAAAAUCGAGCUUUUGGUUAUAUCAAACAAACUGAUGAACAAAACUUUAUAAUGUUUGAUCAAAGUUCAACAAGUGCAACGAGAGGUGAUGGUGGUAUUUAUAUGUCAUUAAAUAAUUAUCUUCAAUGGUAUCGUCAUUAUCAUAAAUUAUCAUCGACAUCAAAACCAUGUCUAAUUGAUGAACCACCAUCGGAUACAUAUCAUUAUAAUCUUGGAUGGUUUUUACCAGAUUCUACUGGUAAAAUACGAUUACAUUCAGGUGAUACAUGCGGGUUUACACAUCAAGUAUUUCGUAUAGAUGAUGAAAAAAGAAACAUACUUGUUCUUUAUCUAACAAAUAUUGGACAAAAUCAUGAAAAAAUUCAAAAACUCAAUCAUCUUAUUGUAGACAAAAUUCCUCAAAUAAAUCCAAACAAUACUGAUCUUUUAUGGAAUAUGGUAACAUUAACAAGAUAA